AUGAGUGGUUGUGUUCCUAAACAAGUCUUGCUCCCUCCCAGCAAUGGUAUCCCGACCUGUUAUUUUUGCUUUUCGUGGCAGUCUUCAGUGCUGGAGACAGCGGGCUAUCCUGAAAGCUGCUUUGGGGACGUCGGUCUCCGGCAUCUGCAGUCGGUUGUCUUCGACAAGAAGCGGGAGCGUUACCAGCAUGGAGGAAAUGUUGGCGAGAGUCGUAUCACCGUUACCCACCUACGAAACAAGAGAAAAAUGCCCACCUCCUCCAGAGGCCAACAGUUUAGAGUUCAUGCACUUUUACAGAAGUCUUGACAGAGAAGAGAAAUUCAAUUUCCUGGCGAAGCUGUCACGAGACUUUGGAGUGGAUCAUAAAAGCGUUUCGGAAUUCGCUGGGAAGCUUCUGGACACCCAAUUUAGGGACUUGGCUACCAUUUUGCAGGUUGAGGACAGACUUCGAUACAGCUUGACUCCUCGUUACAAACAGUUACUUAACCACAUAAGCAGGGUGGAAGGGGGAGUGAAGUUUCUGGUUGACCUUAGAGCCGACGUGCUAGAAACCAUCUCAUCAAAAAGUAGCGACAGCCCGCACUUCAGGGAUUUGAAUGGAACACUGAAGAGCUUGCUGUCUGAGUGGUUCUCUGUAGGUUUACUCAGACUCGAGCGGAUCACCUGGCAUUCUCCCUGUGAGAUCCUACAAAAAAUCAGCCAGUAUGAGGCAGUGCAUCCAGUUAGGAACUGGGCUGACCUUAAGCGCAGAGUGGGGCCAUACCGUCGUUGCUAUGCCUUUACCCAUGCUGCCAUGCCAGGAGAGCCUUUGGUUGUGCUGCAUGUAGCCCUCACAGAAGAUAUCACAGACAACAUACAGAGUAUUGUACGUGAGUUUUCCACCCUUGAUCUGGAAGAGGAUGCAAACAAGGUAAAUGCAGCAAUCUUCUACUCCAUCUCCUCCACCCAAGCUGGUCUACAAGGUGUUGAGCUGGGAAACUAUAUCAUCAAGAGGGUGGUUCGGGAACUGCAGAGUGAGUUUCCGCACAUGACCCAGUUUUCCAGCCUAUCCCCCAUCCCAGGCUUCUCCUCGUGGCUACAAGGCCUUCUCAGCCAAUACCGGAAAGAAGGUCGUGGCUUGGACCUCCUUUCUGAGCAGGAGUGGCAGGAAGUGGAGAAAACCACUGACAUCUCCCAGGGCAAUAGUGCCACUGAUGUUCUUCGUAAGUUAAUAGCCACAAGUGAAUGGAUGCGUUCGGAACGCCUCUCUGCCCUCCUGGAGCCCGUUUUGAUGCGACUCUGUGCCUGGUAUCUAUACGGGGAGAAGAGGAGGGGUUACGCACUUAACCAAGUAGCCAACUUCCACCUUCAAAACGGCGCUACAAUGUGGCGGCUUAAUUGGCACGCUGAUACGAGCCCAAAGGGUGUGGCAAACUCCUGCGGAAUAAUGGUGAAUUAUCGUUAUUUCUUGAAUGAGACUUCAAAAAACAGUGCUCUUUACCUGCAGAAUAAAGUCAUCACAGCCUCGGAUCAAGUUCUUGGAUUGGUGUCGCAGUUUCAGAAGAACAGUAAACUCUGAAAUAGUGAUUGUGUGCAGUUGCACAUAAAAGCAACAUUUGCGUGAUCAAACAGUGCUGUUUGGUUGAGGGACAACUUGGUGAGUGCACAUUAGCUGAUACUGUUUGCCCUUCUGUUAUUAGAAGUGUCCUUAAGUUAUCAUUUUUGCAUCUUUGCUUGUCUUACUUGAUGACGAGGGACUGCGGCUAAAGAAGCGCCAGGAUAACUGUGUGUGUAAUGGUAAGGUAGGAGCAAUGAGGCUGUGCAGCUACUGGAAUAAAUUAUCCUUACACUUGGUUGCACUGUCUUCUAGAAAAAAAAUACAAUAUGGGAGUGUGUGGGGUUUUAUUUUUAUGCCUGCAAACACCUGCUAUUAUACUUCACACACACUGCAUUCCCACAAAUGAAUUUGGAUCGGGAAUAUCCACCAAAAAUGAAAGAAAUGAAGUAAAGGAAUCCGUACACAUUAACAAAUUUACUGCCAUUGCCAUUGAUUUCAUUUGAACUGAGAGGGCCCGACAGAUUGGACCUCUGUCAUCAUUAACGGCAGCCAAUGAGUUCAGCAUUUUUUGACGGUGUAUUGAAUGAGUGAAUGCUUUAUUUUGGACAUAUGUCAGGAGGAAAUAAAAAAAAUAAACCAAAAAAAAACAAAAAGCUAUUUAAAGAAAAAUAGACAAAACCAAUGAGAAACUUCUAGAUAACAGCAACAAUAGUUAAGACAAUAAUAAUGAUAAUAAUAAUAAUAAUAAUAAUAAUUAAUGAACAGAAUUUAAUCAAUAUGUCCAAAAAGGAGUUGGAUUUAGCGUUGGUGUAUUAAAACCUACCCCCUUUUUCUAUUUAUUGAUUAUUAGUCCGCUCUAUUACUAGUCCUUAUAUUAACAAACCAAAUAAUUAAUAACCGUAUACAUAAGAAAAAACGAAAAUUUAAAGGACCUAGCAAAUAACAGAUUUGUGAAAACACCCUGUAAUUAAACCCCUUCCUCUUCUGUAUACCAUGGGAAAACCCGUGCUUAAACUCGGUCAUGCUUGGACAUUUUUUGAGCUCUCCAUAUACUGGACUGUCUCAGGAAAUUAGAAUACACAAUAUUCUAAUUUUUUUUUUUGUCUCAAAAAAUUAGAAUAUUGUGUAUUCUAAUUUUCUGAGACAGUCCAGUAAUUUGUUCUAUAGCCUUACUUCGUAAACACAGACACAAAAACCUUUUAAUGUAGUCCGUACCCUCUGAUGCUGUAAGUGAAGCUUCGCCCUCAAACUGUAUUGCCGUUCCCUUUUAAAAAACAAUGUAUAUUGCCAGGAAGUGACUUGUGUAGAGCUUUAAGCUGAGCUGUUUGAAAAUUAACCAAGUCCGUGAGUUUUAACGAUCUGGAUUUUAAAAAUAUAUAUUUGUAUUAUCCCAUAGCUAGCAAUAUGUAAUACUCUAAUUGCUCUUUUUUGUAAUACUGUAUGUAUAGUGAAUUUAUUGUACAUUUAUAAGUAUUAUCCCAGAACAGUAAAGAAUGUGAAGUGAUUUAUUGUCAAGAAUGUGUUUUGCUUUAUUCAGGACUGAAAUGCUUUUUGAUAAUUUACUUUGUACCGUAUUUUUUGGACUACUAGUCACACCUGAGUAUAAGUCGCAUUUUUUGGGGAAGAUUUAUUUGAUAGAAUCCAUCACCAAGAACAGACAUUUCAUCUUGAAAGGCAAUUUAAAAUACAAAUAUAAUAGAGAACAAAAUGCUUAAUAAGUGUACUGUAUGCAAACAUUACAUGAUGCUAGAAUUUAGAUCGGGCCUAAAAAUCCAGGCCGACCCGACCGACCCGCGGGUAUUAAAGCUCGACACGGCCCGCCGUUCAAUUAACUUGAUUUGCAGGCCCGAGCCCAAAACCCCCCCGAAUAUUUAUUUGUAGGCACAAGCCCGAAAAAAAACCCAAACGAAAUUCUAUGUUUUAUUUGUGAGGACUCAGGAGAAGGACGAAAUGCGGGGAUGCGAUGCGUGGUUGCGUUUUGUGUGAUCACAUUUGUGACGAAGCCUUUGCAUAUAUGCAUAAUGAUAACAAACCUGUCUUUUGUAACGAAUUCUCCCAUUUAAACAAGACUAAGAUGGAUAUUCAAUAAACAUAUAUAUCUUUUAUAUUUGUGUGUACAUUCUAACAGGCGGAUAGUGGAUUUGACAUUUAUUUUAAUCUCUUCGAGUUGGCAGAAAAAAAAACGAUGAACCCAACGAAAUAACACUGGAAAAGUUUAUUAAAUACAUUUCUUGUAUGAGACCAAAGCGCCACAUUCGUUUACAUUCAGCCGACACAGGUUUCUGUAUAGCAUUUUCAACAAUUUGAAUCCUUUCCAUAUCCCACUCCUACCGCAGUUGUUUGGUUUUCAAUUCCCCCGUCUUUGUUUUUUUUUUUUUAACUCCUAGCUGCUGCAUAUCGAAAAGGAAAUACCAGGAUGGACUCGCAGAGGGCGCCAGGGCGGUAGGGGAAGAUUGAAAAGAGAGCGGGGCCAUGGUGUUCACGUGCGCAGGCAUGCACAGUGCCUUCUCUGUUUUAUCCAAAUUAUUUAUUUUAUCUAACAUCCAUACAUCGUUUUAGUAUAAAUGUAUGAAUAUAUAUUUUUUUAAAAGUUAGCGAGAGAGAAGUCCGGCCCGACCUGACCGUAAACAAUCACACAUAAGUCCCUCCAGAGUAUAAGACGCACCCUCUGCCAAACUACGACAAAAACACUGCGACUUAUCAUCCGAAAAAUACGGUAUAUGCUUUAUAUGAGCCUUUCAGUUAACCUUGUCAUCAAUAACCACCCCAAGAAAGUUGGGAGUGGUUUUCAUAAACCUUUUCAAUAUUCCUCCCAUCUAUCU